GGUUCAGGUCAGGCUGCUGUCACAUGGUUUGUGUUUGCAAUGACUUCAGAUGUCUGGACAAACUGUGGUUACGCACACUUAGUAUGAAAGCAUUUCAUGAUUCCUUUGAGAAAUACUGAUAUCACGAGAAGGCAUUCCACUGCAAGAGUCAGUAAACUAUGGAAAUACCAGCCAUAAGUCUCAAGGCCAUCGUGUUGGUUCACUGGUUACUGACAGUCUGGGGAUGUUUGAUUACAUGGCUCCCUUACUCUUUUAUUUUGGGUAAUUUGAGUGUUCUUGCACUGGGCGUGUGGGCCAUCGCACAACGAGACUCUAUAGAUGCUGUGGUCAUGUUCCUGAUGGGUUUGGCUGUGACCAUUCUAACUGAUAUCGUCCACAUUGGAGUGUACUACACUCAAUCUGAAAGCUUGUACGAGAGAACCGCACGGGACACAUUCCGCUUCAGUGCGGGCAUGGCCAUCCUGAGUCUGCUGCUCAAACCCGUCUCUUGCUUCUUUGUCUAUCAGAUGUACCGGGAGAGGGGUGGCGACUACAACAUUAACUUCGGUUUUCCAACAGUAACUAGAAACAGAGAUACGUACCAGUCCAUAGACCAGCAGGAUCAGUCCACUGCUGCUGCCGGCUCCGUCGCUCAAGCCGAAGAUGGCAAACAUGGACCACGUACCUACUGAGAAUGACCAAAGCAAAGAUAUAAUCAACCUUUUUUACAUGUUUGGUAACAAUUUACAAUCAGGUUUCAUGUUUUAACAUGUAGUAUUUAUCAUUAGCCAACAUGAACUGACAACUAAUAAUUCGUUUUUACAGGAUUUAUUCAUCUUUAUUAGUGUUUGUCAACUAAUGUUAAAGCCACAAUCCGCAACUUUUUUAGUGAAACACAAACAAACAAACAAAAACAUGUCUGUUAUGAAUUCACAAGAAAUGUUCAUUUGAGAGAUGGCGACAAGAUUGCAGCUUUAACGGAUACAACUUUAAAUUUUUGUAGAAAUAUUGUUAUUGUUAGUUAAUAUUUUGUUAGUUCAUGUUAACUAAUGUUAACAAAUCCAACCUUUUUUUAUUAAGGGCUAUUGUUUAUAGAGUCAUGUUUAUGGAUAUAUUGGUGUUUGACAGAAUACCUACAACUUUUAUCAGCAUGAAAUGGUCAAAUUACUUUGAGCAUGCAAAAUUCAUUCGGAGGGUGCUGCAAAAAUGUAUUUAAGAUAUAUUUUAAAUUUCUGUACCGAGAGGUCACGUUGCGACGUUUUGAUCUUCUAUUGGUAUCACGCAUUCAUGUGACGCGAAUUUGCAGGUCAGAGUUCACCAAACUUGAACUUUGCUAUGCAACGAAAUGUGAAAUAUCUUCAGAUGGGCUUUGCGUUUCCGGUCCGAUGCAUUCGCAUGAAUGGAAAUCAAUGGAACAAAAGUCAAGUGUGACCGCGGAUUUACUUUACAUCUGCGUCCGCAGAAGAUGUUUAGAUCAAAUACUUCAUAGAGGCUUCAAGUACCGCGUGAAAUGUUUUACAUAAUAUAUUAUAGGUUAUAUUUGUGCAUAUUAUCUGUUACCGAAGGAUAAUCCCUCACUAGGUUUAUGAAACACUUGAUUCUUCUGUAAUGCUUGGAUGUCCAUGUGCUAGUUUACCAGGACAGUAUGUUUGUACUUAAUUUAUGUUGACACGUCGAAGUAUUUUUGGCGUGUCACAGGUACUCCAGCGUUAUUUUGUGUUUUUUUUCAAAGAUUCUUACUUUUGUUUAACCAUUUGCCACACAUAGUGUGUAUUUAUUCAGAUUAUUUACUUAGCAUGGUAAUGCUUAACUUUGAUGUCUAAAACUGGAAUGUCUUAUCAAAUUUUAAGUGACAAAAUGAGAUGAAUCGUUAGAAGAAAGUUGGUCCAGUAUGUAAAUGCUAAGCACUUAAAAUGGAAAACUGUUUCAGACACAUACCAAUAUCUGUUUUGAAUGCACUAUGGCACUGUGGUUAGUCACAAACCCAGAAUCUGCUUGAAAGCAAUCUGUAUUUUUGCAACUUGGUCGCAGUGCAAAAGUUACACAUUUUAAAACACAAUUAUGUGUAUAUUCAUUUUUGACAGCCAGAUGUUCAUAUCGUUGCUUUACACUUCAGUGUGAGUCAAGCUCAGUACAAUAAGCACAAUGUAAACCCAUGCCAAUACGUUUUAAGCAUGAUUUUUUUAACCUCCGUACCUGAAAUGAUAUGCUGGAUCAUUGAAUUGUCUUAGUUAUUCAGCAGGUUGUAAUUCAUCCUGUUUGAGACUAAUCGCCAAGAGAUUCCUUUAAAAAUCAAUUUAUUAUGAAAUGGUUAUGAAAUUAAGUAGUUCCCUGUUUUUCUUGCAGUUGUUGCAAUGUUGCAGUUUCGUCUGUUUCAGUUGUUCUUAAUGCUUGAUGCAACACACGGGUUGCUGCAGUUUGACGACAUUAAACAGAACUACCAUUCAAAAGAUUCGAUCCCUUUGAGAGACUAAACAUUUCUAUAAAGUUUCACUGCAACAAUGCACAGUGAAAUAAACACUAUACAAAAAACUCAAGUGAAUAUGACUAUUGUUAUUUUGGCCAGAAUUUGGUUAUUGUUUCAGUCUAUGUUUUUUUGAUAUAUUAGAGAUUAGUUGUGAUGUAUUACGCUGAACAUUUAUUGUUUUGUCUGUAAUUGAGAAGCUUAAGUCUGUUUCAGCUAAUAUAUUUCUUCUUUUAAAAAAUCAGUUCAUUUUAUCAAAAGCACUCAGAUGCUGCCGAGUACCAAAACUAUUAUCUGUGACAAAUUAGUUCUUGCUGUUUGAUUUAUAUUGCUAUCAGUGAUAUUACAUGUUGUCAUAGAAACGCCACAGCACAAAGCCUUUAGUCAUUUAAAUGAGGUUUUGGUUUUGGGUAAUGCUCCAGGUUUUAUUGGCAAAAACACAGUCUGCGUGGGCUUGAUGAUAUCGUUUCAGAUAAAAGAUAAAGGCUAUGAUAGAUAAGGUUAGCCGUGUGAAUUUUGCUGGCAUUGUCUUUAAUUUACAGAAUCUAUUAGAUUUUUCAUUAUUCUUUGAGUUUGUCAGCAAAAAAGUAUUGCAGCAGUAUUUUACAAUGUUAUUUAUAAACCUUAAUAAUUAUGCAAAAUGCAAAAACCUCUGUGAUUUGAAAUGACUUUCAACAGUAUUUGCAUAUAUCAAUAUAUAUAUAUAAAUAUUAGUACAACGAUUUUUCAGUUAAAAAAACAAAUUGUGUUUAGACUCUGUAAUGCACACAGGCAAAUGUUAAAUUGGCAUCUUAAUAAACUGAGAUAUAGGAAAA